AUGGAGCUGGUGAUCCAGCUAGCAAUUAUCAUGUGUGGCAAGCAGUUCAUCUCGGCGAUCAUGGAAACGCUGGGACCCAAAGUCGCCAAGGAAAUUCGAAAACGUCGGCUGGCGAGGAAGGGGAAGAAAACGGAUGGCGAUGUUUUGAGCGAGGAAAAAUCGGAAUUACGGUGGGAAUCCGAUUACUACCUAAAGCCGGUAACCGAUCAAUUUUUGUUUGAGGAAUAUUUGGAAAUGGUGCUCCAAUUCGGGUUCGUCACGCUCUUCGUCGCCGCUUUUCCCCUGGCGCCACUUUUUGCGCUCCUCAAUAACAUACUGGAAAUUCGACUGGACGCUUAUAAGUUUGUCGCCCAAGUCCAACGUCCGCUUCCGGCGCUCGCUAAAAAUAUUGGGAUUUGGCUACCAAUAUUGGACAAAAUCUCCAAGCUGAGCGUGACUAUUAAUGCCCUCGUUAUCGCCUUUACGUCUGAAUUCAUCCCACGAGCCUACUAUUAUUUUACGCACGACAAAACGCUGAAAGGCUAUGUUGACUUCUCGCUCUCCAAUUAUACCAUCAAAAAUAUGCCGGCCGAGGAGGACCGAAAGUUUUUCCAGGGGAAGAAUGUCACAACUUGCAGCUAUCGUGGCUACUACAACGACAAACUCGAGCACAAUGAAGAUUGGUGGCAUAUCCUGGCCUUUCGACUACUUUUCGUGGUCGUUUUUGAGCAGCUCGUCUACCUCCUUAAAGUAAUAAUAGCCUAUUUAAUCCCCGACGUCCCGGCCAAAAUCGUCAUCCAGCAACAACGCGAAAAAUACCUGGCCCGCCAAGCGCUGAUCGCCCAGGGACCGAAUGUG